AUAAAUCCUGAUUAUUAUUUUUCUAGAAGAGUCCAGCAGCAGAGAGCAGACUCCCCUGGACCCAGCUGUGUCUCUAUGAAGAGUGACCGCUCUAUGGAUCAUCCUCCUCUCUUUAAAGAUGGACGCCCCUCCAGAGAGGAGAGCCCAGAGAAGCAGCAGAGAGCAGACUCCCCUGGACACAGUUGUGUAUCCAUGAAGAGUGGCUGGUCAAUGGAUAUACCAUAUCAAUUUAAAGAUGGACGCCCCUCCAGAGAGGAGAGACUCCAGAAGAGGUCAAAGGUUACCAGUGCUCAGUCUCUACGGCAGCAUCAAACAGAGCUGAUCAAGAGGGCUGAGGAGAACGCACACGCUUUCCUAGACAAGGAGCUGAAGAAGCUCUGGAGGGAUCUCUUCUCAGACUACCCACAAUGCUCAGAGGGUCAGAGAGUGGAGGAGGAGGAGGUGGAUGGUAAGAAGGAGGAGCAGAGGAGGCGCGCCAUAGAGGGAGUGGUGGACAUCACAAAGCUCUGCCUGAUGGAGAUGAACCAGGAGGAACUGGCCGACACACUGUGGGGCGGAUCUGAUGCUGUCGAUUGCCAACAUAAAAUCAAGUCUAAUUUGAAGAAGAAGUUCAAGUGUGUGUUUGAGGGAAUCGCUAAAGCAGGAAAACGAACAGAUCUGAACGACUUCUACACAGAGAUCUUCAUCACAGAGAGAGGCAGUGGAGAGGUCAACAAGGAACAUGAGGUCAGACUGAUUGAAACCGCUUCCAGGAAACCAGCCAAGGAAGAAACACCAAUCAGAUGUGAAGACAUCUUUAAACCCUUACCUGGACAAGAUCAACCAAUCAGAACAAUGAUGACAACUGGAGUGGCCGGCAUUGGUAAAACCGUCUUAACACACAAGUUCACUUUGGACUGGGCUGAGGGCAAAACCAACCAGGACAUACACUCCACAUUUCUCCUAACUUUCAGAGAGCUGAAUUUACUGAAAGGGAAAGAGUUUAGCUUGGUGGAACUUCUUCAUCACCUCUUUAUUGAGACCAAAGAAGCAGGAAUCUGCAGAUUCCACCGGUUCCAAGUUGUCUUCAUCUUGGAUGGUCUGGAUGAGUGUCGACUUCCUCUGGACUUCCAGAGAAACCCGAUCUGGACUGAUGUCACAAAGUCCACCUCGGUGGACGUGCUGCUGACCAACCUCAUCAGGGGCGACCUGCUUCCCUUCGCUCGCAUUUGGAUAACCACACGCCCUGCAGCAGCCAAUCAGAUCCCUGCUGAGUGUGUUGACAUGGUGACAGAGGUGAGGGGGUUCACCGACCAACAGAAGGAGGAGUACUUAAGGCAGAGAUUCAGAGAGGAGAAGCUGGCCAGCACAAUCAUCUCCCACGUCAAGAAAUCACGAAGCCUCCACAUCAUGUGUCACAUCCCAGUCUUCUGUUGGAUCACUGCUUCAGUUCUGGAGGACAUCUUCAAAAAAUCCCAGAUCGAAGAGAUGCCCAAGACCGUGACUCAGAUGUACAGCCACUUCCUGAGGGUCCUGUCCAUACAGGGGGACAGGAAGUACCAUGGGAGGGCUGAAACAGAUCCAGACUGGAGCUCAGAGAGCAGGGAUAUCAUUGUUUCUCUGGGAAAACUUGCUUUUAACCAGCUGGAGAGUGGCAACCUGAUCUUCUACGAGGCAGAUAUGGCAGAGUGUGACAUCGAUAUCAGAGCAGCCUCAGUGUACUCAGGAGUGUUCACCCAGAUCUUUAAAGAGGAGUGUGGGCUGUACCGGGACAAGGUGUUCUGCUUUGUCCAUCUGAGCAUCCAGGAGUUUCUGGCUGCCCUUUAUGUCUUCUGGUCCUUUAUCAACACUGGGGUCAAUCUGCUCUCAACCUCCAGGAAAGAUAAACUCCUCCUCUACCAGAGUGCUGUGGACAAGGCCUUACAGAGUGAGAACGGACACCUGGACUUGUUCCUCCGCUUCCUCCUGGGCCUCUCUCUGGAGACCAAUCAGAUUGUCCUACGAGGUCUGCUGGGACAGAAAAAAAUAUCACUGACCACUCAGAUUAAAAUAUGUCUGCUGCGAAUGACAGGAAGUAGGUCACAGACCAAUGAGGGAACAGUGUCUUACAUCAAGGAAAAGAUAGAAGGAGAUCAAUCUCCAGAGAGAAGCAUCAAUCUGUUCCACUGUCUGAAUGAGCUGAACGACUGUUCUCUAGUGAAGGAGAUCCAGGAGUACCUGACAUCAGGAAGUCUCUCCGGAAAACCUCUCACGCCUGCUCAGUGGUCAGCUCUGGUCUUCAUCUUACUGACAUCAGAAGAGGAGCUGGACGUGUUUGACCUGAAGAAAUACUCUGCUUCAGAAGAUGGUCUUCUGAGGCUGCUGCCAGUGGUCAAAGCCUCCAAAACAUCUCUGCUGCAGGGCUGUGAUCUGUCAGAGAGAUCCUGUGAAGCUCUGGCCUCAGUUCUCGGCUCCAAAUCCUCUAGUCUGAAAGAGCUGGACCUGAAUACCAAUAAUCUGCAGGAUUCAGGAGUGAAGCUGCUCUCUGCUGGACUGGGGAGUCCACACUGUACACUGGAAACCCUCAGGCUGCAGGGCUGUGAUCUGUCAGAGAGAUGCUGUGAAGCUCUGGCCUCAGUUCUUAGGUCCAACUCCUCUAGUCUGAGAGAGCUGGACCUGAGUACCAAUGAUCUGCAGGAUUCAGGAGUGAAGCUGCUCUCUGCUGGACUGGGGAGUCCACACUGUACACUGGAAACUCUCAGCUUGUCUGGCUGCCUGGUCACACAGGAAGGCUGUGCUUCUCUGGCCUCAGCUCUGAGCUCCAACCCCUCCCAUCUGAAAGAGCUGGACCUGAGCUACAAUCACCCAGGAGACUCUGGAGCUGCGCUGCUCUCUGCUGGACUGGAGGAUCUACGCUGCAGACUGGACACUCUCAGGUAUGAGGACAGCUCACCGCUCAGGGACAAAGUCUCCUACAAGGAUUCAUGCUGCUGCCAGAUGAAGUGGUUUGAAGAGGCAGCAUGUUGUGUAGAACGUGAUGAGACGGCAGAUGAUGACGGUGAAUGUUUCAACAUGCUGCUCUCACUUUGUUUCCCCCCCAGUGUGGAGCACGGUGGAGUGUGGAGGCUGAAACCAGCUCUAAAGAAGUAUGCCUGUGACCUCACACUGGACCCCAACACGGCCCACAGAGGACUCUCUCUGUCUGAGGACAACAGGAAGGUGACGCGGGUUGGAGAGGACCAGUCGUAUCCGGAUUACCCAGACAGAUUUGACUCCCGGCCCCAGGUGUUGGGUAGAGAGGCUCUGACUGGCCGCUGUUACUGGGAGGUAGAGUGGGAAGGAGUGGUUGUUAUAGGAGUGACAUACAGAGGAAUCACAAGGAGAGGGGACGGUGUUGACAGCCUGCUUGGACGGAACAACAAGUCCUGGGUUCUUGAUUGUUCUGAUGGUCGUUACUCUGCCCGGUACAACGGUAGAGAGACACUCCUCCCCCUCCGCCCCGCUGGCUCCACCAGAGUAGGAGUGUAUCUGGACCGGCCUGCUGGCUCUCUGUCCUUCUACAGAGUGUCCCCAGGUGGAGGAGGGUCCUCAGACACACUGACACACCUCCACACCUUCUGGUCCUCCUUCACCCAGGAGGACCUCCUCCCGGGGCUGGGGGUCUGGGGGAGGGGGGGGUCCUCAGCCUCUCUGUGUCGGUUGUAGAAAAAAAAAGGAGCUCCUCCGGGGCUCUGGGCUCUGUCAUCAGCGGUAUUUACGGGCCCCUGCGCGCCCGUAAAUACACACACACACACACACACACACACACACACACACACACACACACACACACAAGAAGGGUGCUGAGGGGGGUCGGUGGGGCCGCUCCCUCUCUGUGUCUCUCUCUCUCUCUCUCUCUCUCUCUCUCUCUGUGUGUCUCUCCUCUCUCUCUCUCUCUCUCUCUCUCUCUCUCUCUCUCUCUCUCUCUCUCUCUCUCUCUCUCUCUCUCUCUCUCUCUUCUUUGAAGUAUAGCAUGAUAAACCAUGAAAAGGCUUAAGAUCUCUCUUGAAUUGUACAUAAAAUACCUAUUGAUGGUCAAUGUUUGUAUAAUUUCAGACGGCACCAAUUUUGGUCUUAAAGGCUCUGAUAUCAUUUUUAUCAUAAUCCUGAUUUACAACCUCAUUUAAAGCAGAUUUAAUAUUUAUUCAUAAUAACCAAGAGGUUUAUGGCAUAGUGUUGCAUGUUGUGGAUUACUUAAGACUGAAUUUAGAUUUUUCGGAACCUAACGGCCGCAGAACAUGUUCAGUUAUUAAAGAUACGUGCUCACCUGUUGAUGAUUUGUAAAGUCUGCUGCUUCUAUUGUUUUAGUCCUCGUGUUAAUUGUGAACAUGUAAGGGACUAUUUUUCUGUCUUAUUUGUUAAUAAAGCAUAAUUGUAAUAAACAACUCAGUGGAUCCAACUGAAAGUUCUCGUGUGUUCAGUCGAUGAUUUCUUGUUUUAUUUGUGAAUAAUGCUUCCAUAAGUGCCUUAAGAAUAAUAAUAUAUUAAUCAGAAAUUAUAAAUAAUACAUUAAAUGUUAUUCCGAUUUUAUUCUGGGACCUCCUCCCUGGGUUUCGUUUUGGGGGGGGUGCCUCAGUGUCUCUUUGUCAGUUGUAGAAAGAAACCACAGACAGACGGCCGGACAAUCUCUCUGUCUAUAUUAAUCAGAAAUUAUUAAUAGAACAGCAAAUGUUUUUCCGAUAUUAUUCCCGGACCUCCUCCCUGGGUUUUGUUUUGGGGGGGGGGGGGGGUGCCUCAGUGUCUCUGUGGGAUAAUGUUGCAUGUUGUAAAUGACUUUAAACUGAAUCUUGAUUUUUUGUGUUUUGUUGGGAAGCAAGCGGCCGCAGAACAUCUUCAGUUAUUAAAGAUACGUGCUCACCUGUUGAUGAUUUGUAAAGUCUGCUGCUUCUAUUGUUUUAGUCCCCGUGUUUAUUGUGCACAUGUAAGGGACUAUUUUUCUGUCUUAUUUGUUAAUGAAGCAUAAUUGUAAUAAACAACUCAGUGGAUCUAACUGAA